ACUGCCCGGGCUCAUUAUGGUUGCGCAUUUGUUAAAAUGUUCCAUAAUCUUUAAUUUUGAUUAUGGGUGUGGCCCCAGACUAUUGCAAUGCAUUUCUCCUACGUUGCUAAGGAAUGCAGCUCCACCCCAAUUGAUGAAAAAGCCACACCAGUCUCCGAGUAACCAGAUUGAGGGCAACUAAUGCUUGGUUUGACUUGCUGUACAACUAUACUAAUAGAAGAAGUACUUCUGUGUUUGGUUCUCCUGAUCUGGACCCUACCCCAGUUACAUUGUAGGGAGACAAUUGUAUCAUCGCUGGCAAGUUUUUAUAUAGGCUGUCUGUGUAAGAGUAUAAAGGAGAGAAGUAAAUGGCAGUACAGUUGUACUACCUGACUACAUGAACUUGAGGCUAGAAUAGUGAUAUCCUUAAAUCUGUUUUCUCUGGGUUGAAUUUAGCACAAGUUUCAGCAGUAAAAGGAUAAUAUUCAAAUAUCCAGGGCAAUCUGACUUUUUCUGGAAUUCUUUUUAAAAAACUUGGCAUUUUAGCUGCAAAUUCUGGCUGUUACAAACUAGUGGCAGCAAAUUGUAAAGUAGACAUACAUAAUCUUUAAACCUAAUCUCAGCAUCAAUUUCAGUUUAAUCAUUUAAAAAUUUGAGUUAUCACACAAUGUAUGUCCCUGUUUUAUAAAUUUUAUUGCCAUAUCAACCAUUUCCAUUUCUUGUACAUCUGGGGAAAAAAGACCCUUGGCUUCCAGUUGGUGACUGCACCGAAUAAUUGAACUGAUGAUCCCAGGGCUAGAAAUGUGGUACUCUACCAGUAAGACUGGCCCCACGUGAUGGAAUUUUCUCCUAUAUCUCCUCCUUCCUCUCAUCGUCUCCAUCCCUCUUGUUUAGUCGCCCUCUUAUUUUUGAUUCAAUGCAAGCUUUGAUCUUAUGGUCCUUCUAUGAAGUGAUUUGGGGUGUUUUUCUGUGUCCAGGCAAUGUGUAAAUGUAAUUAGGUACUGUAGUUGCAAAUGUUCUUUGGUAAAAUCAAUAAAGUGGGUUCUCUCGUUAGCAAAUGUACCAGAAUAAGCUGUUGGAGUGCUGAUCCUUUGUCGGGCCUGCGUGGGCUUUAUUGUGGGCCUUUUGCACAAUAUUAAAACUAGUUUUAAAGUGUUUGUCAUGUGCACUUUGUAUGUGGUAUUUACGGGAUCUAUUGUAUUUGAUCUGUCAACUUUAUUUCUCAGUGGUCACAUUUCUGAUUUAGAUUCCCUACAGUGUGGAAACAGACCCUUUGGCCCAACAAGUCCACACUGAUCCUUUGAAGCAUCCCACCCAGACCCAUCCCUCUAUACCCACACACCCCUGAACACUACAGGCAAUUUAGCGUGGCCUGUCCACGUAACCUGCACAUCUUUGGACUGUGGGAGGAAACCGGAGCACCGGAGGAAACCCACGCAGACACAGGGAGAAUGUGCAAACUCCACACAGACAGUCACCCAAGGCAGGAAUCGAACCCGGGUCCCAGGCGCUGUGAGGUUGCAGUGCUAACCACUGAGCCACCGUGAUUAUGAAGGUUAAAUGGAUUGACGAGUCUUGUUAAACAUUUCAUCUGAGAAUUUGGCAUUUCUGAUUAAUGAUUCUGAUGUUCCCUACUCUUGCCUCUGUUUUACCCCCAGCUCAGCUUUAUUUCAAUCCCAUUUAGAUUAUUUAUUGUGCACUUAUGGUAAGAGCAAACUGCAAGUAUUGGCAAUUUUGAAAUAAAAGGCAGUACUUCUGGAAAUGUAUUGUAGGCCAAUUGGCAUUUUGUUCAGAUGAAAAACUAACUUAAUAUUUUGAAUUCUGAGCAGAAAGGUAACUGAAAUUAAGACACAAAUUCUGGAAAUAAGAAAGAUCUGUGAAAAGAGGAUUAUGACAUUUCAGUUGUUCAGAGUAGUUCUGAUGAAAGAUAUUUUGAAAUGUUACAACUGAAUAAACAUUAUUAAAUUUUGACAGUUUUUUUCAUGAUAGUCACUGUUGGCUCCCAACCCACCAUAUUUCCAAACUUAAUUUACUUUCAUAAUUUAUGGGUUUUGAACACUCAACAGUUGCUUUGCUCAUUUAGUGCAAUAACCAUUAAACUGUAAGUACCCUACUGUUCACGUUUGAUAUGGAUUACUGAAGAUAAAAACUGUUGGAAAUCACAGCAGGUCAUGCAGCAUUAGUAGAGAGAUUGAGCAAGCUAACAACAUUUCAAGACCAGAUGUCAUCUCUUCACACCACCAAGGAGUAUGGAGUCGUUGUUCAUUGUAUACGCUAGAGUUUCUGUUCGAGCCCUGAUUAAUGACUUCAAAGACACUCCAACAUUUAUGUACAAAGCAGCCCAUGUAUUCUUCAUUGACACCUGCCCAGAGUCGCUGUUUACCGAGCUUGGAAGAUCACGGUGCACAAAAGUAGUAAAAACCCUCAAAGAAAUUCAUGCAUCUUUCCUUCCUUUUGAAUCCCAAGUGUUCUCACUGGAUUGUCUGGAUUCAUUCCAUCACUUCUUCAGCUGUCACACUGCAAAUGGUAAUAGUGUGCUCCUGGAGGAGCUGGCCGAACAGAUUGCAACAUUAUGUGAAACAUUGAAGGAAUAUCCAGCUGUGAGAUAUAGAAAGGGCCCAGAAAUCAAUGCAACUUUGGCAAAUCUAAUUCAUGACAAACUGAAUGCAUACAAAGCUGAUAAUCCCAGCAUGGGGGAGGGUCCUGAAAAGUCCCGUUCGCAGCUGCUGAUAGUCGACCGGGGCUACGACCCAGUGUCACCAAUCCUGCACGAGCUGACCCUCCAAGCUAUGGCCUAUGAUUUGUUAGCAAUUGAUCAAGACAUUUAUUCAUAUGAAACUGCAGGAGUUGCAGAAUCUCGAGUGAAAGAUACCCUCCUGGAUGAGGAUGAUGAGCUUUGGCUGCAGCUGCGCCACAUGCACAUUGCUGAUGUCUCCAAGAAAGUGACAGAGUUAUUAAAGACAUUCUGUGAAAGCAAAAGGAUGACAACAGAUAAGGCUAAUCUGCGGGAUCUUUCUCAAAUACUAAAGAAAAUGCCUCAGUAUCAAAAGGAGCUCAGCAAAUACUCCACACAUUUGCAUUUGGUUGAAGACUGUAUGAAGCACUUUAAGGGCUCAGUAGAAAAGAUGUGUAAAGUGGAGCAGGAUCUUGCCAUGGGCACUGAUUCAGAGGGAGAGAAGGUCAAAGAUCCAAUGAAGAUAAUUGUGCCGAUCUUGCUGGAUACGAACAUUAAACCCUAUGACAAAAUCAGGAUUAUUCUUCUGUACAUCUUCCUCAAAAACGGGAUCACAGAAGAGAACCUCACCAAACUUAUUCAGCAUGCAAACAUCCAGGAAGACAGCAAUAUCAUCCGAAACUUUCAGAACCUGGGUACGACCAUCAUAACUGGGAGUGGAUCAUCUUCAAAGCCUAAACCAGAAAGAAAAUUACGAACAGAAUCAACUUACCAACUUUCCAGGUGGACUCCAGUCAUCAAAGAUAUCAUGGAGGAUGCUACAGAAGAAAAGCUUUGCAAAAAGCAGUGGCCAUUUGUGUCGGACCCUGCCCCAAGUGCAGCAACUCAGACAGCUGUGAGUGCCCGCUUUGGUCAUUGGCACAAGAACAAGACACCAACAGAGUACAGAACUGGACCCCGGCUCAUUGUUUUUGUUAUUGGGGGUGUCUCCAUGUCCGAGAUGCGCAGUGCAUAUGAAGUAACAAAGGCUACUGACAGCAAAUGGGAGGUGUUGAUUGGUUCUACUCACAUCCUGACUCCUGAAAAAUUCCUGGACAGCCUGAAGAGUUUAGACAAGCCUCUGGAGACUCAAAGCUGAAGCUCCUGUUGGAAGUUCCCAAACUUGUUCUUAACCUGUAAUUUUCCCGACUGUGAUUAAACCCACAGAAAAGUGAAAUAGUGACUCUAAAUCAACUGGUUGUAUGUUAAGCUCACUGAAUUAGGUGUAAUUAUUUAUUUAUCUUAAAAUUAAGUUUACAGUUAUCCCUUAUUGUCAAGCAAGGGUGCAUCAGUGCUAAUUUACUUGCCACUUAGUGAGUUAGACAUUUUUUCUUCUCCAAUCCAAUUUUCUUCCUUCAAAAAUGCUUGCUGUUGGUUUGAUUUGUAAACAGAUGUUAGCCCCUUUGAUACCUCAAUCCUGUCCAUCUGAUGUGUGUUUAACAACAGAGAAUUUUUUUUGUUGAUACAGAGACACAAUAGUUUCAGUCCUUCGUCAGUAUUGAGUCAUGUCAACAUGGGUGGCACAUGGAAAGCUGUGUAUUCCAAGUGUAUUUGACAUUAACAUUGGGCUCAUAGAGUCAGGAGUGAGCUUUGCUUCAGAAAGAGAAAACGACAAAAGUGAGAAUAUUUGGUUUUAAUUAGAGAUGGCACCUCACCCAUUCCUGGUCUUUAUGCCUCCAGAUUGUAAUACCAUUGUAGUUGGCUGCUCUCAUGAUCAAUAAAAUCACCAGCUGCAGAAAUUAAAUUUAAGAUCGUCAAAAACACCUUUGGCAUAGAUGAGGAGCUGAAUCAUUGGACAUGGCAUGUGUUACAAUGAUUACAAAGAGCUAGAGUACAAUAAACGAUUGAAGAUAGAAAGAUAAAUUGCACUGAUGCUACCAGUUAACUUUUGAAGUGCUUUGAUUUUGAGCUCAACCAAAGUUGGUAAGCAACGCUCCUCCUGGUGAGUUGUUCUAUCUCUGUUAGAACAGAGGUUUCAAAAGCCUUUCAGUUAAUGUAUAAUCAUAUAGCCUGGCCCUCAUCUGAUACCUUUGUAUUGUUUUUACACUGUACAUUUUAAUGCACUUUGCAUUGUUUGUAAACUGGAAGCAAGGACCAAAUCAUAAAGGAUUAUAUAUUUGUGGUGUGUUGCAUAAUCUUUUACUUUGUCUCUUCGUAAUCUGAAUUUUUAUUUUCAAUUACUUAGAUUUGAUAGGUUGAGCUGAAGAAGACCCUUCAGAUCUAUUUGAUAGAUGUUGCAGAAUACCAAUGCUAAGCCUUUCCAUGAUUUGAUUUUUGUAGGCACGUGGACCUCCUUUUAACAUUUACCAAAUCACAUUGAAUAAUGAAAAAGCAAAUUUAGGAUGCAAUUAUGUUUUAAGAUAAAGUCUCAAUGGGAUGGAUGCUGAAUUUGGCCAUCACAGUCACAAUAAGCAGAUGUUAAUGUGCGACCCAAAAACAAUUGCAGAUUAUAGGUAACGGUUUUCUAUCUGUAAAAUUUUCAGUCAUCAGUAAUCCUUACGUUGACAGUCUGUUGGAAUAUGGUAACUUACAUGCAUGUUGUAAUGGUGUAUCAUUUGCAUUCUCUCUGACAUAUUCAGAACAUCUAAAGACUGUUGUCCCUCCUCUUCCUUCUUCUCUCCGCCCGCGCGCGCCCCCCCCCAAACCAACUCUCUCACUCACUCACUUUAUUUAUUUCUCCUCACCACCAUUGCCAUCUUCUGACAGGCUCUCCCCAUUUUCCUUUGUAGUGAGCAAGUCAUCUGCUUGAACUAAAUACAAGAAGAUCAGAGAAACCUGCGUUGAAUUUUUCUGUUACCUGCGCUCCCUGGCUUCUUUACCUUCUUAUCCCCUCCCUGUUACCGUUGCCAAAUUUGCGCUGUUGUAUGUGGAAUCGUGGCAUGAGCCUUCACCCCCUGUCUGGAUGGCACCAUGCAUUGCAACAACUGGCACAGCAUAGUAUCCCAUUAAUGUAAAAUAACAAAUGUUGCAUUAGUUUCUAGAUCAUAUAACCUAGUAACGCUCACCUUUUAUAUACAAAGAUGUUUUAAUAACAUUUAUAUUUACAAGUAAACACUUAUUACCUCAAUACAAAUUAUUAAUGGAGGGGGAAAAAAAGGAACUUUUAUUACUAGAUCAAAGCCUUGCCUUUGGGGAUUAUGUUAAUUUGAGUUAAUUUGUUAGUAAGCUCACUACAGAUUACGGUGUUGUUUACUUUUUGUCUGACACAAGGUGACUCCUAACUCUGAAAAACUGCAUUGCUUCACACUGAAGGAGAUAUUUUAACUGUUGCAGCAAUAAAACUAAUCUAGCAAAAGGUAUUUUUGAGAACUCAGAAUCCCAGGAUUUUCACAGGAGAGAGAGAGACACACACGAUGCUGUUUGGUCAAGGCUACAUCCUCUGAGAGCGUCAGUGUAGAUUUGCAUGAGUUCACUUUUUUAAGCUUUAUUGCACUAAUUAAAUGCAGCCUUUGCAUAAAUUCCCAUCACCAGUCUGUAUGGUUUUUAAACAUGUUUCAAUGCAGUAGAUGUUUGUAAAUUUUGUUUAAAUGAAGGCCAUAAACAUAUUCAUUAGUUCAUGUUGAAAUCUCUCUUUAAAAAUCUUGCUUUGUAAAUGGUUCAAAUGGAUCAUUCUAGUCUUGGUUAUUAUUAUGUGACACAAUCUUUGUUUAAAGUAUGAUUGAGAAUAUCUGUAUGCUACAUUUCAAUUGUUCAGUGACCUAUGCUUUGUACGUAUUUUGUUAAAAUGGACCUUUCAUACCCUUGCCCUACCCCAAUACUGGUUCUGAAAGGAAUGUUGAACAGGAUGACAUGUAUACUCUCUGGGCUCCUAAGUGUUCAGAUUCAUGUUAAGAAAAUCUCUGAAUUGUGACUUAUUUUAAGAUUUUUUUUAUACCUGGGCGUGUUUUAAGCCAGUGAUAAGCACCUGAUGGUUUACGAACUAUGCAUAUUUUGAGACAUGCUUCAGCAGACUUGUCAUGACUUAACAAAUGUGGGCUGUGUUGUCAGUGGUAUCUGGCUGUCCAUUACCCUCCUUCAGCCAAGAGGAUGCUUUUCCACACUGGUGCUCCUGGUCUAAGGAGUGUGCUUAAGGCAUAGAUAUGCGAAAGUUGGUUCUGUAGUGAGCAUUCUAAGUUUAUCAGAGCCCCUCUGCACUUCGUCCAAAGUCAGUUUGACACGGGGUGUAUUCCAUAUGGUCCCAUGUUCUGUAGUAGUGAGACCCUGCUGCAACUCCAUCCUUCCUUUGUUCUGCUAUCCCAGGUGGCCAUCUCACACCAUUUGUCUCUAAAAUUACAUCUAGAAUUCAAUCAGUACUUCCUUGUCCCUGUGUUCUGCAACCAUUUUACAUUGGUCUCUGUGUAUAUAUGCAGUGUCACUGUGGCCUUAAUACCAGCCAGGAUUUCUAAUACAUAAGUUAGACCUAGCUUCACCAGUUGGUCUGACCCCUUGUGAAGUGGCAGGGGACACUUUAAGCAUUCUGUCUUGUUGCAGACCAGUUCAUCACAGACCAUGACUGGGUAGGGGGGGCUAACUAACUCCAUUCUCUGACUAGUUUGAAUCUUUUGUUUCCAGCAUGUAAUCUGCCUAUAUUUGAUCAUUUCAGUGUGUUGAAUUUCAUUGUACCCAUGAGUUAUCUAGAUGGCAAAAGUUGAUGUAAAUAUUUCACCAUUAGUAGUUGGAACCAGUGUAACUUUUGUAUGUAUGUGCAUUGAAUAAUUAAAGUCCUAUAAGCUCGCA